AUGUUUGAAGCCCGCUUGAGCCAAGGGAAGAUCGUCAAGCUGAUCAUCGAGGCCAUGAAGGAGCUCAUUUCGGAGGGCAACAUCGACUGCACCAAGUCGGGCCUCGCGCUCCAGAGCAUGGAUGGCUCGCACGUCUCGCUCGUCUCGCUCCUGCUCCGCGCCGAGGGCUUUGAGCACUACCGCUGCGACCGCAACAUCUCGCUCGGUAUCCAGACCGCGUCGCUCUCCAAGAUCCUCAAGUGCUCGGGCAACGACGACGCGCUCUCGCUCUCGGCCGAAGACGAAGGCGACGUGCUCAACAUCAUCUUUGAGGCGGCGUCCGGCGACCGCAUCUCGGACUUUGGCCUCAAGCUCAUGGACAUUGACAGCGAGCACCUUGGCAUUCCGAGCACUGAGUAUGUGGCCACCGUGCGCAUGCCGUCGAGCGAGUUCCAGCGCAUUUGCCGCGACUUGCACACGAUGGGCGACACGUGCACGAUCAGCGUGAGCAAGGACGGCGUCAAGUUUAGCGUCACGGGCGACCUCGGCGCUGGCAACAUUACGCUCAAGAACAACACGGCGUCCGAGAAGGAAGAAGACCGCGUCAUCAUCCAGAUGGAAGAGCCUGUCGAGCUCACGUUUGCGCUCCGGUACCUCAACAUGUUUACCAAGGCCACGCCGCUCUCGGCGACCGUGACGCUCUCCAUGUCGCCCGGUGUCCCCGUUGUCAUUGAGUAUGCGAUUGGCGAAAUGGGCUACAUCCGCUACUACUUGGCGCCCAAGGUGGAGGAAGAUGCCAACUAA